AUUUGCAAACGGUGAACCUGACUUUGCGUGUACUGUCGCGACCGGAAGUCAACAACCUGCCCAAGAUUUACCGGAAUUUGGGAACGGACUAUGAUGAACGAGUGUUGCCGUCAAUCGUCAACGAGGUUCUUAAAGCCGUCGUGGCUAAGUUUAAUGCCAGUCAGCUUAUCACUCAACGCCAGCAAGUAUCGCUGCUUAUUCGAAAGCAGCUUGUUGAACGUGCACGGGACUUCAAUAUUGUGGUCGAUGACGUGUCUAUCACUGACUUGAGUUUUUCACAAGUCUACUCGGCUGCGGUCGAAGCGAAGCAGUACCUUGAUAAUGAUAACAGUAGUACUAAUCGUUCAGCUGUAACAUCCUUUCAGUGCCUAGCUCCCAUGCCACCUGAGGGCAGCACGAGUGCUGGGAUACUGCCAUCUUGCUCAGGUCUAGGCGGGGAAAGUCAAGAGGCGGAGAUUGCUUUGCAAGAAGCUCAGCGCGCGCAAUUUCUUGUGGAACGAGCGAAACAAGAGCGCCAGCAAAAGAUUGUCACUGCUGAUGGUGAAGCGCAAGCAGCCAAACUGAUUGGUGACGCUCUGUCCGCCAAUCCCGGUUAUUUGAAGCUACGAAAAAUCAAGGCGGCAACACAGAUUGCUCGCACGGAGGCGAGAUGGCCCAAGUCGUUAGAGCGCGAAUUUACUGACCGGAAGGUCCGUGGUUCGAACCCGUCCUCUGCCUCUCGACUUCCCUUGUUUAGGCUUGGGCGACCUGGCAGUACCCUAGCUUUCGUGCCUCCUUCGUGUGGCAUGGCAGCUAGGCACCGAAGGGGUGCUACAGCUGAACGAUUAGGAGCCAUGUUACCUGGUCACGAGCGUUCGUCAGUCCGCCCUUCACUGCUAUGCCACCUCAAGGAUGCCCUGGGGGCGAGUUGGCCCAAGUGGUUGGAGCACGAAUUUACUGACCGGAAGGUCCGUGGUUCGAAUCCGACUUCCACCACUCGACUUCCCCUGUCUAGGCUUGGGCAACCUGGCAGUAUCCCAGCCCUCAUGCUUCCUUCGGGUGGCGUGGCAGCUAGGCACCGGAAGGGUGCUACAGCUGAACGCUUUCCUGGUUGCU